UUCCACAGUCAGCCAUAUUGCGGCUACCGGGGAGGGGCAGGCAGCGACGCCCGACGGACCAGAGAGUGACUAGGGUAGGCGUGCGGGGCUGCUGCAGUCGUUUUGCUCAGACGAACCCGGAGGACGCGCCGGCGAGGCUUCUCAAAGGAAAGAAGGGCCAUCAGUAGGCUGCUGCAUGAAUAUUUGCUUUUGGACCAACAGAAACUCAUCAAGAAUCAAAAAUGCCAAAACCAAUCAAUGUUCGUGUUACUACUAUGGAUGCAGAGUUGGAGUUUGCCAUCCAGCCUAAUACUACAGGGAAGCAGCUAUUUGACCAGGUGGUCAAGACUAUAGGCUUGCGUGAAGUGUGGUACUUUGGUCUUCAGUAUGUUGACAAUAAAGGAUUUCCAACCUGGCUGAAACUUGACAAAAAGGUCUCUGCUCAAGAGGUCAGAAAAGAGAACCCUCUGCAGUUCAAAUUCCGUGCCAAGUUCUUCCCUGAGGAUGUGUCUGAAGAGCUGAUUCAGGACAUCACGCAAAAGCUGUUUUUCCUGCAGGUGAAGGAAGGAAUCCUUAGUGAUGAGAUCUAUUGCCCACCCGAAACUGCUGUCCUUCUUGGGUCUUAUGCUGUACAAGCCAAAUUUGGAGACUACAAUAAAGAAGUGCACAAGUCUGGAUACCUCAGUUCUGAACGUCUGAUCCCCCAAAGAGUAAUGGACCAGCACAAACUCUCCAGAGAACAGUGGGAAGAACGGAUCCAGGUCUGGCAUGCUGAGCAUGGUGGAAUGCUCAAAGAGAAUGCCAUGCUGGAAUACCUGAAGAUUGCCCAGGAUUUAGAGAUGUAUGGAAUCAACUAUUUUGAAAUCAAGAAUAAAAAAGGGACAGAACUCUGGCUAGGAGUAGAUGCACUUGGGCUGAAUAUUUAUGAGAAGGAUGACAAAUUGACCCCGAAGAUUGGCUUCCCCUGGAGUGAGAUUAGGAAUAUCUCUUUCAAUGAUAAGAAGUUUGUUAUAAAACCUAUUGACAAGAAAGCACCUGAUUUUGUCUUUUAUGCUCCUCGUCUUCGAAUUAACAAGAGGAUCCUGCAGUUGUGCAUGGGAAACCAUGAGUUGUACAUGCGUCGUAGGAAACCAGACACCAUUGAGGUCCAGCAGAUGAAAGCCCAGGCCCGUGAAGAGAAGCACCAGAAACAGCUGGAAAGGCAACAAUUAGAAAAUGAGAAGAAGAAGAGAGAGACUAUUGAGAAAGAAAAAGAGCAGAUGUUAAGGGAAAAAGAAGAGCUAAUAGUGAGACUGCAAGAAUAUGAACAGAAGACACAGAAAGCAGAAAAAGAGCUGUCUGACCAAAUCCAAAAAGCCCUGCUGCUUGAGGAGGAAAGGAAAAGGGCACAGGAGGAAUCUGAACGCCUAGAGAAUGAGCGCUUGGCUGCUCUGCAAGCCAAGGAAGAACUAGAGAGACAAGCUGCUGACCAGAUGAAGAGCCAGGAGCAGCUGGCUACAGAACUUGCGGAAUAUACAGCCAAGAUUGCACUUCUGGAAGAAGCAAGAAAACGCAAAGAGAAUGAAGUGGAUGAAUGGCAGCACAGGGCUAAAGAAGCCCAGGAAGAUCUCAUAAAAACAAAAGAGGAGCUACACUUGGUGAUGACUGCUCCCCCUCCUCCCCCUCCACCAGUGUAUGAGCCAGUGAACUAUCAUGUCCAUGAUAAUCUUCAAGAUGAAGGAACAGAGUCAUCUGGCUACAGCGCAGAGUUUUCAAGUGAAGGCAUAUUAGAUGAUCGCAAUGAAGAAAAGCGUAUUACUGAAGCUGAAAAGAACGAGCGUGUUCAGAGGCAGCUGAAGACGCUGACUGAUGAACUUGCUCAGGCCAGAGAUGAGAACAAGAAGACCCAAAAUGACAUCAUCCACACAGAGAACAUGCGACAAGGGCGUGACAAGUACAAGACACUGAGACAGAUUCGACAAGGCAAUACCAAACAAAGGAUUGAUGAAUUUGAGGCAAUGUAAAAGCACCAAGAAGGCAAGACUCUGGGAAGUGCAGAUACUGAAUACUGACUUUUCUUUCUGAAGGGUCGCUUGAACAGACACAACAAAUAAUAUCUCCCCAGCCCUCCCACUUGGAUGCUACCUGAACUUAGGUAAUGCAUCCAUUAACUUUAAAUGUACAGGGGGUGCUGGCAGAGAAUUUCAGUCAAAUCUUGAUAACGUCACAUUUUGUCAUAUCCUAGUGCCAAAAAGCCUGGUUUUGUUGUCCAUUUUAAGAUUUGUGUGCUGCUUGUAACAGUACUGAAGAACAGGCACUUCCACUGUGGCAGAUAUGUCUAGAUUAAAAAAUAAAUAAUAAACCUGCAGUUAGUGUGGUGUGCCAUGUUUCCUACUACUAAACAUUGCAACAGAUUAGACGGAAUAUGCAGUAUAUAGGGCUAUUAAAGUCUUCAAGGCUUCCAUGUAAUUUUCCCCCUUGUUGCAGAAAUGUCACAAUGAAAGUAAAGAACACUCUUUUUUUUUUUUAAGGGAGUAAGUCUGAGAUUAGAUUACCCCCACUGAAUUUGGAGACACAUCCACAGUAACCACUCAUAUAUUGGCACACUUGGAUACACUUCUUGUGUAAGAGGCAGGCAGGAAUAUUGUCACCCUUCAACCUGAUAGUGUAGUACUCCAACGUAACCAAUCAGCUGUAGUGUAGUAUUUAUAUAUCUAUAUUAAAAUGUAAAUGCGAAUAUGAGUUAUAAUUGUAGUUUGAAAAGGGAGGCUAAAAGUUUUUUGCUUUGUAUAUUUUGUUAUCUCAGAUUUAAUAUUAAAAGAAUAACAUGUUAGAAAUAAUAACUCCUAUUCUUUGCUGCAAAGCAGCAUAGGAAAAUGAUUACUAUCUAGAAAACAUUUGUAAAGGUGAUCUUUUUUACUUUAAAGAAAAUUGAUACAUGCCUAUGAUUAAGUAUAUAUAAUUGCAUUGAACCUAUUUUUUCUAACAGUUUUUGAAUUUUUUAAAUGAUAUAGUUUCAGACUCCAACCAUGAAGGGACCUUAUGUCGACUUUAUUCUCUAUUAAAGAGCAUUUCUAUAGAUUUCCUCCACCACUUUGCCCAUAUUAGUCUUUACUCCCAAAACAAUUCUCGAAAGCUCUGGAAAUCUGCUGGAACGAAUGAAUACCAAGAGUAUGGUAUUAGUUUUAGUUCUAUAUAAAGCUCCAUAUGCUGCUUUGUACUCUUAAAGCUAAACAUUCAUAUCAAAGUGUUAUGGGAUUUGUUUGCAAUUCACCAACAAAUAAAAAAUCUGCAAGGCAA